CGAAUGAUUCGAUUCUUUCUCUAUUUGAAAACGGCCGACAACCCUAUGAGAAACGUCUUGUUCCGUUUUGUUUAGAAAAUUUUCAGAAGAGCUAAAUUGUUUUAAAAUGGAAGCAGCUACGGAAGAAACUCAAAAAGAAAGUACAGAAAAUGUGCAAUCAAAUAAAACCGCUACCGAAAAAACCCCAGAACCAACACCGCCGUUAGAAGUCAAAAAAGGAAAAAGGGAUGACCGAACCAAGAGAGAUGACAAAAACGUAGAACAGUUCAUGAAAUCCCUGAACUCCGUACCAACGUUGGAAGAGAAGUUGUCUCUAGUUUGUAAGAAAUACGUACAGACAGCUGACGAUAACAAGAAGAUGCAAUUUUACAUCAAACAGUCAGACAAACGUCACGCCAUGUUGUUGAAAGAAAAAGAACAAUUACAGCUAGAAUUUAAUAAGACUAUCCUUGUUAAAUCUAAGUUAGAGAAUCUUUGCAGGGAGCUUCAGAAACAAAAUAAGGCUAUUAAGGAAGAAUCUCUGCUAAAAAUCCGCGAGGAAGAAGAACGCCGUAAGGAGACGCAGGCCAAGUUUCAGAACACCCUGUCAGAGAUCACCGCCAUGUUACAGCAGAAUAAUGAGAAGAAUGCCAAGCUGAGGGAUGAUAAUAUCAGCAUGAGCGAGAAGUUCAAGUCUGUUGUGCAGCAGUACCAGUUGAGGGAGCAGCAGGUUGACAAAAUGGCGAAACAGAUGGCGUUAGAAUCUCAGCUGUCAGACGCGAAGAUGCAGAAGGCUAGCUUGGAGCAUCAGGCUGACAAGGAACGCUUGCUGGCCGAGAUGGAACAACUGAAGGUCACGCUCGCGCAGUACAGAGCCAAGAUCAUGGAACUGCAGGGCACGGAGACAAGUCUGCGCGGUCAGCUCGCAGUGUACACGGACAAAUACGACGAAUUCCAAAACGCGUUGGUCAAGAGCAAUCAGAUGUUCGGUGGUUUCAAGGAACAAAUGGAGAAGAUGUCAAAGAAGAUUAAGAAGCUGGAGAAAGAGUCCCUGUCGUGGAAGACGCGGUGGGAGACGUCACAGACGGCCCUGCUGGACAUGUGCGGCGAGCGGCAGGCCAGCGAGGAGCGCUGCGCCGCCGCCGCCCGCCAGCUCGCGCACAUGCAGGGGCUCUGCCGCACGCUGCAGGCGGAGCGCACGUCGCUGCUGGCGACGCUGAAGGACAACAACAUCGAGCGGCCUCCCCUCCCGCCCGCGCCGCCCGCACCGCCAGCACCUGCGCCUGCACCUGUGUCCGUCGCGCACCAGCCUGCUUCUAAUGCUAAGGUGGAUGCCAUGGCGGCAAAUUGCGCACAACUUCGCCAAAGUCUUGCACACUUACAAAGUCAAUUAAACACUCUCACAAACAAACAGAAGGAAGAAUCACCCGCGCCAGAGAAGCCUGAAAAAACUGAGAAGAAAAAGUCCAAAUCUAAGAAGAGUAAAGCUGAGAAAGCUAAAGCAGAGGCUGAAAAAGCAGCCGUAGUUAAAGAACCUGAAAGUGAUGAGUCCAACGCAAAAGAUAUAGUAGAAGAAAUCACACCCAGUGCCAGUGAAGAUACGGUCCAAGAGUCAAGUGAAACUGAGAAGGUUGAUGAAAAAACAAUAGAAAACCUAUUACAAGCUAUCAACAACGCCAAUAUCAACCUCUGCGAUUUAGAAGUAGUUAAUGACGAGGUUUCAGAAGAAACGUCACAAGAAAACUCUGAGAAAGUAGAAAUUAAUGAAGUUAAACCUGAAAAUGUCGAAGUCAAGGAAUCAACAUCAAAUGAAAGUCCUUCCGCGUCCCCUGUAGAUGAAACUGUAAACAAAGAUGAAGUCACAAAAGUUAAUGAAAUCAUAGACACUAACCUCAAUGACGUCAACGAAGUUAUUUCUAAGUUUUUAAAUGAAGUUACGGAAGUAUCAAAUGUGAAUGGGUGUGAGGACGCAAAUGUAUCAGUUGUAGAAUCGUCGAACGAAGAAGUUUCGCACUUAAACGAAGUGAAACCGAUCGUAAGCGACGCGUAAACAGUCAAUUGUGUACAUAAAUUUUAGUGUUUUGGACUUUUCUACGUUGUUUUAGACAAUUAAUACGUUUUGGAACAUAUUUUGAUGUUGUAUCAUACACAUUUGGUUGGCCUAUAAGUCUGUUACUAUUUAUAUAAAAUUGCCAGUAUUAAUAAAUAGAAUAUCAAAACUGCAGUGUAUGUCUACAUUAUAUUUAUUGUUUCAAUAAAAUAAUACAUAAAUUAUGCUGCUUAUCAUUUACUAGUCUUUACAAAAAUACGCAAAACAUAUAGUUUGAUAUUUGAAGAUGUCUUUGUAGCUGAUGAGCAAGCAAUACAGUCAAAACUUUUUGCUAGAAUCGAGUUUAAAUACACUUAUUUGUCUGUCUGUACGAAAACUUCGUAAUAUACCUACUAAAUGUGUGUGAUUCAAUAAUUUUGUAAUAAACAACUUAUGAUCUUUUUUAUUAAUUUUUUAAAAGUGAAGCUUUCUUUUUCCUAAGUUUAUACGUGACAAAGAUACAAUACGAAUUUAAAAAUUAAUGUAAGUUUCAAUUUCUUUGUAUACUAAUUCAGGUUAUAUUCUUAAUUUCAAUAAAAAAUGCCAGUUAAACUAAUUAUUUCUUGAGUAACAGUCAAAAAGUGCCUAAAAAUCUAGUCAGGUUGCGGUCUACAUUUUGAACUUAAGACUUUUCGAAAUUUAUAGCUACUUACAUGGUUUUGAUUACAAUAAUUUGAUUAAUCCUGAUUUAUUGUUUUUUUUUCAUUAAUGUGCAUUUUUAAUGUAAUAUUAACAUCGUAAACUUUGAUUUACGUUGUAUAAUAUGCUGUUGAAAUACAUACGUUUUUUUCUUUAGAUAACGCACAAACUAAUAAUAAUAGUGUAUCUGUAUGAAAUGUUCGAGUAUGGAAGCCAAGUGAAUCUUUCUUGAGUUUAUCUUGAACACCAUAAUAUUUUCGCUUAUGAUUUAAAAAAAUAUGUUUUUUACUAAGUUAUAGGAACCGAAGUGUUUAACGCAUUAUGCCAUUUAUAAAACAUGGUUUUUUUUCUUAAUAUUUUUCUUAUAAAAGUUAUUUUUCUUUCUUUCUGAUUUCGAAAUGAACUUGUUAAAGUAAAUGUGUAUGUACAAAAUGUGGUAAGUAUUAACUGUUAACCUUAUGAACGCAGUGAUCCGUAUUGUUAAGAAAAUGUUUUGAUUCUGAACGUGUUGACGUUUUGUUUAAUUUUUAUACUGUAAUGUGUUGUGUUAGACCAAGAAUUUCUGUUUUUCUAAAUAAAGUUAGAUUUUGUAACUAUCAA